AUGAACCAAAAUCAAGUUUCUAACUCGGAGAACCUUUUACCUUCGUCUGACAUGAAUCAAGAUCAAGUUUCUAACUCGGAGAACCUUUUACCUUCAUCUGACAUGAAUCAAGGUCAAGUUUCUAACUCGGAGAACCUUUUACCUUCGUCUGACAUGAAUCAAGAUCAAGCUUUUUCUCAAGAUAACAAUUCCAACACAUCUUACAUGACUACUGCGGUUCAGGAUAUUCAUCCUCAAUAUGAUAAUACGCAAACAUCACCUCAACAACAAACUACACUUGCAACUACACCUUUUCAUCCUACUACCUUUUUCUAUAGACCUCCAAACGAAUUUUGCCAUUAUUAUGUUAAUUGUAAAGAAAUCUGUUAUGAUACCGUUGCCUAUUUAUUAAACAAAUCGUUAAAAGAAAAUAACGUUCAAUCUAACGAAAAUGAAUGUAUUUUCUAUUAUAAGCAACAACACGACGCCAGGUUUUAUCAAGUAUCAUGUGAAAUUGUUUCACCUCUUUUGAUUAAUAAUUAUUUGAACAAGAAUUUUCUUGGAUUUGAACUUCAAAAUUCGGAGCAAGAGCAUUUAGUAUUUACUAUUAAUCAAAAAGAGAAUCUUGAAUAUUACUUAAAACAAUAUUUAAGCCUUCAUUUACUAAACUAA